GGGCCAGCCAUCAUCGUCGAGGCCUCUAACUAUGUCGGAAAAGGGAGCCAGCUCCUCAGCGACUGAGAAAGAGAAGGGUGUGUCGGAGAAAGGGACGUCGGAGAAGGGGGUGUCGGGGAAACAGUUGUUGGUGAUGACAGACGGAGAAAAGUUCGGUAUACAAGUAUUCGAAGCUCGAAAUCUCCCCCGACUUGUAUCCUUUCUCUCGAAGAGGCCGUUCUUCGUGCGUAUCACACACGCGCUGACCAUCAAGCAGACGAAAGCGUUGCCUCCGAAAGAGGGCGUUGCGAAAUGGGACGAAACGUUGAGCGGCUUCGUUCUAGAUGCAACAGCUCAAGUAUUGAUACAGGUCUACGCUCAAAGGAGCAUGCAUGAGCCGAAUCUCGUCGGCACAUAUAGCCUGUCUCCCGAGAAACUGGAGGCUCGUCUCAACGAACGGUUCUCUUUGCAUAUCGCAUAUGUCGAUCCUCGUGGAAGACAAAGCGCGUUCGAAGUGGUUGUCAUGUUCAAGACAUCGGCGUCGACGUCCAAAUCCGCCGAGAAGGCCGCAUCGUCUGAGGAUGCCCCUGUGGCCGCGCCUUUUGUCGCUGAAUUGGCCCUCGACAACAUGAAAGAUAUUUCGGGUACGGCUAACACCGUUCUAGCCGACUCGCAACUUGUCGUCAGUGCAGUGACCACCACCAAAGCCCAGUAUGCGAUAUGGGAACCCAUGAUGGAAAAGGUAGAAGGGUUGGUAAAUAUCGUCGACGGGAUAGCCGCGAUUCAUCCGUAUGCAAAUAUAGCAUGGGCUAUUCUGUCCGCAAUUCCCAAGGCUAUCGCCACCCAAAUGGAACGUGACGAUCAAGUACGGACCCUACUCGAGGCCCUGAAGGACAUGAUGGAUACUGUUCAUGCGGCGGAGGAUCUGGAAGCCCGCUGUCACGACCCCAAACAAGCCGAGAUCAUAACUAAAAUGCUUCAGCAGACGGGCGAGUGCGGACACUUCAUCCAGUCGUAUGCAAAGGAUAUAAACUUCUGGAAACGACUAUUGAAAAACGUCGUAAGCAAGGCUGACAGUCUGGUGACAAAGUACACGACUGUUCUCGGGGAGCUUCGCGACGCUUUUCUUAAUCAGACAACAAUCACCACAAAGCUCUGCGUGCUACGCCUUGCAGAUGAUCUUGAGGAUGUUGCGCAGCAGCUUGCUGAGAUCGAUGCGGAUGCAUUGCUUCGCGAUUUGCCAUAUGGCGACGGAGCCCGAUGUAACCCAGCCAAAGGCUGCACCCUUGGAACGAGGGUCCAGUUCCUAGACCGUUUGCAAGAAUGGGUCCACAGCCCGGAUUCUUCACGCAUGCUGGUCCUCUUCGGUCAGGCAGGCUCCGGAAAAUCGUCCAUCGCGCACGAAAUCGCUCGCCGUUUCGAGGAUAUGGGCAGACUUACAUCUUCCUUCGUCUUCGACAAAUCCUUCCAGCAGCCGCCUCACCUUCCCAUCACGACACUGGCUCGUGACCUAUCUGAUGAGAAUCCGUCCUUCAAGAAGGCCUUGGUGAAGACCAUCCGCGGGGACACGUCCCUUCGUUUAGGGAACCGUGACUGUCGAUCUCUGUUUACGCGCCUCCUGUUGGACCAGUUGAAGGAUCUUCACACUCUUGGACCCAUGGUCAUCGUCAUCGACGGCCUUGACGAAUGCGAUGAAGAAACACGAGAAGGUCUCGUUUCGGCCCUAGCCAACAGUGCUCACGAGCUUCCCGAGAACUUCCGCAUGCUCCUCACCGCGCGACCGGAGAGCGACCUCGAAGAAGCCUUCAGCAAUCGGCCAGAGAUCGGGGUCCUUCGCAUGGAGGACAAUAUUUUAGCUCAAGACACAGAGCAAGAUAUCCUCUUCUACACCCGCUCGAGACUGUCCCCUCGUCUUUCGGACGAGGACUGCAUGCAGUUGGCUCAGGAGGCGGGUCGGUUGUUCCAGUGGGCUGCAGUCGCAUGCGAUUUUAUCGCGAAACCACCUCGAGGCUUGACGGCCUCUCGCGCCUUCGACAUUCUUGUAAAUAAGAAAGGCAAGAGUAGAGUGCAAGAGAAACUUGAUGAACUCUACGACACGGUAUUGAGAACCCUAUUUCCCGACUUUGAGAAGUACGAAGAUAUUCCGAUACAGUUUCGAUUCGUCAUGGGCCAAAUACUCGCAUCCUUCGAGCCGUUAUCUCAAAACUCCUUGAUCGCUCUUGGUCAACAUGCUCCUGAUGCUCCGCAAGAUGAACUACAAGAGGUCGUACGUUCCGUCGUCGAUGGCAUGGGGUCUCUAUUGAGCAACGUCACUUACGCAACAUCGGUCUUGCCCAUGAUUCCCCUGCAUACUUCUUUUCGAGACUAUCUUACCAGCAAAGAGCGGAGCGGGGCGUUCUUCAUAGAUCUCAACGACGCCGACCGUCUUCUUACACAUGCCUGUCUUGGUCUUAUGCUCGAUACACUACAGUUCAACAUAUGUGACCUCGAGACUUCACAUUUCCGCAACGUGCACAUCCCCGACCUCGACAUGCGAGUGCAGGAGAAGAUACCGUUCCAUCUUUCCUAUGCGUGCCGGUUUUGGGACGAGCAUAUAGACCACGUCUCGUUUGACCACGAUCUUCUCGCGAAGGCGGAAUCGCUUCUCCGCGAGAAACUUCUUUUCUGGAUCGAGGUCCUCAGUCUAAUUGGAGCUAUGAACCUCGCGACUCCUGCUCUCGCGACGCUAAAGAAAUGGCUCGCUGGGGCCAGUGAGAAGGAGCCAGGAACUGUCUCCGAAGAAUUCGCGGACCUCGUCGAAGAUGUAUCCCGUUUUGUGCGCUACUUCGGGAUGCCCAUAGCCGAAAGCACGCCUCAUAUCUACCUAUCCGCCAUCCCGUUCUCCCCGUCAUCGUCCCCAGUCUUCCAACUCAAUCAUUCACAUCUUCCGAACACAUUUUAUGUUGCAAAGGGUCACGCACCCCACUGGCCAACACUGCAAAUGCAGAUUGCCGCUCAUAAACCAGGAAAGUCUGUCACGUCCAUCGCCUUCUCGCACGAUGGUCGCUCCAUCGUCUCCGGCUCUUACGAUUGGAACGUCUCCGUCUGGGACGCGGAAACGGGAGCCCAGGUUCUGGGCCCCCUUGUCGGCCAUGGGAAUCCAAUUAUGUCCGUCGCAUUUUCGUCUGACGACCGCCGUAUCGCGUCAGGUUCUGAGGAUAACACCGUCCGAAUAUGGGACGCUACCACCGGGGAUGUCAUCUUCACUUCGUUCCUUGAGCACGAACACGGUGUAGCUGGGGUCGCAUUUCUUCCGGACAGCUAUCGCGUUCUUGCGUUCUCGAGGGACUUCACGACUCGUAUAUGGGAUCCGUCCACGGAGACGAGCGCGGCAGUCUCGUUUGAAGGGCACGCGAACGGCAUUGAAGGCAUCGAUAGGAUGUUUUGUGUUGGGCAUUAUAUCUCUGCGAGCAGAAGCGAUGGGAUGUUUGAGGUCUACGAUCCUACUACUGGCAAGCACGUCGCAGGCCCUUUCACCGGGCACACGAGUUGGAUCGUAUCCAUGACGCUUUCGUCGGAUGGGCAACGUAUCGCUACCGGCUCGCACGACCAGAGUGUUCGUGUCUGGGACUUCUCGAACGGGAACCUCCUCGCGGGACCGCUACAAGGCCAUACAAGAGAUAUCUACUCUGUGGCCUUCUCCCCCAAGGAGAACCGUUAUGUCGCAUCGGGAUCGUCGGACUACACCGUACGUGUAUGGGACGUCGAGACAGGGACCUGUAUCGCUGGGCCGUUCCACGGACACGCUGGUCCAGUCAGAACUGUUUCGUUCUCACCUGAUGGACAUCGCGUGGCGUCAGGCUCCGUCGACCAGACAAUCUGCGUAUGGGACUUGCAGGUUAAUGGGAGUGGUGACGAUGCGCCACAAGCUGGACAUACAGACUCGAUCACAUCCCUCGCAUUCUCUCCUGACGGGAAUCAGCUAGUGACCGGCUCUAUCGAUCACAAUAUCAUUCAGUGGCGCCUCGAUGGAACCGCCGAAGACACACCCGUUCUGCGAUCAUGCGAGGGACAUACAGACGGAGUCACAACCAUCGCAUACUCUCCCGAUGGACAAUUCAUAGCGUCGGGAUCCGAAGACAACACCAUUCGUAUCUGGAGCGCAGCGGGCGGACAACUAGUCGGAAAACCUCUCGAAGGCCACAAUCAGCCCGUACAAUCACUUAUGUUCUCCUCUGACAGUCAAAUGCUCGUCUCAGGCUCUUUCGACGAGACGGUCCGCAUAUGGAACGUCGGCACCCGUGAACUAGUCCACGAGCCCUUCGAAGGACAUCUCUGGGGCAUCCUCACCGUCAGGUUCUCCCCUGACGACAAGCGUGUUGCAGUUGGUUCGCGCGAUAAUACCAUUCGCGUGUGGGAUAUCGAGACCCGAGAGACAGUCGUUGGGCCAUUCCCUGCGCAUGAAAGCUGGGUCCAAUCGCUCGUGUACUCACCCGAUGGGGAGCGCAUCAUCUCUAGCUCGGACGACAACACUUUAUGCGUUUGGAAUGCAUCUACCGGAGAGCCUAUCGCGGGUCCUUUCCACGGACACAAUGCGGAAGUCGUGUCAGUUUCUCUAUCGUCAGAUGGGAAACGGAUCGCGUCGGGUUCGUGGGAUUGUAGUGUUUGUGUAUGGGACGCAGAGACGGGAGAUAUUGUUGCUGGUCCAUUCAAUGGACAUACGAGUAGGAUCAAUGCUGUCGCGUUCUCCCCCGACGAUCGUUAUAUUGCUUCGUGUUCCGCCGACCGCACAAUUCGCAUUUGGGAUACCACUGUCGGUACCAAGGGACACGACGGCGAGGAUGGGGAGGAGGAAGGGAAGGAGGAAGAGAAAUUCGGAGAUCAACAUGAGCUAGAGAAAGAUGGGUGGGUCAGAGGGACGUCGGGUGAGCUAUUGUUUUGGGUGCCGAGUGCGCACCGGACGACGCUUGCGAGGCCGAGUACGGCGCGUAUCUUGAAUGCGGCGGAGACGCGGCUUGAUUUCACGAGAUUUGUGCAUGGAGGGGAGUGGGCGAAGUGUUAUUCCGGAUGAGCAUUGAAGGCGGUUGUUUAAAUGUGAGGAGUUUGAUUCGUUGAGUUUCUGUAUCUAGUUUGUGUCGAUACACUGUACUCUGCUAACGCGUUGGGAUGAAGCCAUUAUGGAGACAGACUAUCUGAAUAGAUGUUUCGGCCGUGUUAUCGCCAUGACCGUUAGGCCAUUUGGAUCAUAUAUGUAGCCUGGAUAAUAUUGACGGGGAGAGCAUUAUAUCAGUCUAUCAAACCUUUUAUACUCUUCCUAUAGCGUUCCUUGGUCCUGUGCUCCAGUCUCAGACCGUGCUUUCAACGCAUCACCCAUCGCAGCAAAUGCCUCUUCCAGACCUUUCCUCAUAAACCAUUUCAUGAUAUACGCCAACGGACCACUAAACACUUCCCUCGUCUCGUACUUCGUCAUCUCUUUCCCUCCGUCGGGGGAAGGAAGGCUACUCAGACAUUGCCACCUCUCUGCGCCCAACAACCAUUUCGGAAGCGUGGCGUACUUCCAUGCCACACGAAAUUCCUCGUGAUCGACGUGCGUGAUGAUUUCUUCGGUCUUUUGAUAUUUGGAGGUAUCGGACAUCGUAGGUGGGAUAUGGACCUUCAUGAGGAGGUGUUGACCAACUUUAGGCUGCGACGCAGCCGGAGACGGAAGGGGAGCCUUGGUUUCAGGAUCGACGAGUGUUUGAACACGGACGAACGGGUUCCAUUCUCCGUACUCGGGAAAAUCAAGCAACACAUCCCAUAGUUUCUGCUUCGGCGCAUUGAUAUUAACAGAACAGCUCACAGAAAAGACACCAGUAGAGACCAAAGGGGGAAGGUGCGACUGCU